AUGAUGUCUGACUAUCAACACCAGCCAUCUCAUCAGCAACAACAGCUACCCCAACAAACCCAAACACCUUCCUCUGCAGGAUCUUCAAUGUAUGGGGGUAGAAGGCUCAAUAUAGAGGAUGCCUUGUCCUAUCUUGAUCAAGUCAAGUCACAGUUUCAAAGUAAUCCGGAUGUUUACAAUAAUUUCUUGGACAUCAUGAAAGAUUUUAACACCCAGCGGAUUGAUACCCCGGGCGUCAUAGAACGUGUUUCAAGUCUUUUCAAAGGCCAUAAGGUCUUGGUAGAAGGGUUCAAUACCUUUUUACCUACAGGAUAUAGUAUUGAGUGCUCCUCUGAUCCCAAUGAUCCGAAUCCUAUUCGCGUAACCACGCCCAACGGAACCAUAACAACAACAACAACAUUAUCAACAAACGACAACCCAAAAAAUAUCAAUGAUUCUACAGGACAACAAUCAACGUCAUUAUACCAAGAUAAUAAUGGAAGCUCACACCAACAAGUAUCGCAACUGCAACAACCUUUAUAUCAACGAACAUCGCAAGAUGAAUCAGCAAGAUUAGAGCAAGUUCCAGUGGAAAUGGAUGACGCCAUUGGAUAUGUCAACAAAAUUAAAGUACGCUUUACCAAUGAGCCUCACAUCUAUAAAAACUUUUUAGACUUGUUGCAGACAUACAGAAGGGAACAGCGCCCAAUUCAGGAAGUCUAUCAACAGGUGGCUUUAUUGUUCAACUCGGCUCCUGACUUAUUAGCAGACUUUAAAAAGUUCUUACCGGACCCAGACAACAUAGCCAAUCCUGUACUGGAACCAGAACAGUCUAUUUAUCCUAAUAACCACUACCAAUAUGAACAGCAAGCAACGCAUAACAAACUUCCACCAUUAGUUUCCCACCAACAAUUGCCACCAAUGGGAAUGCGUUUCAAUUCGGUAGAUUAUCGACCACAACAACAACAGCCUCAACAUUCUGAACAGCUGCCUCAACAACAACAACAACAACAACAACAACAACAACAACAACAACAACAACAACAACAACAACAACAACAACAACAACAACAGCAGCAGUCACCAUCACAGUCACAACCACAAACACAAACACAAACACAACCACAAACACAGCCACAACAGCAGCCACAAGCACAACCACAACAGCAGCCACAAGCACAACCACAACAGCAGCCACAAGCACAACCACAACAGCAGCCACAAGCACAACCACAACAGCAGCCACAACAACAAUCACCACCACGGAAAGAAGAAAUCCAACUACCACCAUAUGGAAACUUUCAACCACCUCCUGCAAGAUCGUCUUCUAAUGGUCCCCAGAAAGUUGAAUUUGAAUAUGGCUACUCUUCUGAACGCGAAACUAUCAAAUCUGAGAACACUCAAAAUCAUUAUCAGGUCCAUCAGCAUCAAUUCACGAACACUGCUGAUGAAAAUCUUGCUAAGUCUACCUUAGAUGAUGAAUUAAAUUUUUUCGAUAAGGCUAAGAAGCAUAUUGGAAACAAAACGACUUACAACAAUUUUAUCAAAUUGCUUUCAUUGUAUUCUAGUGAAAUUCUCAGCAAAAGAGAGUUAGUGGAAAGGGUCGAACACUACAUUGGUGAUUCUGUGGAAUUGUUUCAAUGGUUCAAGAAUUUUGUUGGUUUUAAGGACACUCCAUAUCAUAUUGAAAACAUUAGCGAAUUUAAAAAGCACAGAUUGGAGCUCGGGUUAUGCAAAAGAUACGGACCAUCAUAUCGUCAAUUGCCUAAAGCAGAGACGUAUAUGCCAUGCUCUGGCCGCGAUGAAAUGUGCUGGGAGGUUUUGAAUGACGAGUGGGUCGGCCAUCCUACCUGGGAUUCUGAAGAAAGUGGUUACAUUGCCCACAGAAAGAACCAAUACGAAGAUAAUUUGUUCAGAAUUGAAGAAGAGAGGCAUGAAUUUGACUUUUACAUGGAAAAUAAUAUGAGAACCAUUCAAACGUUGGAGACCAUUGCUAAUAAAAUUGCCAGUAUGAGUCCUGAAGAGAAGGUCAACUUCAAGUUGGAAAAUGGGUUGGCGCAUACUUCGAAAACCAUUUAUAAGAAGAUUAUCAGAAAGAUUUAUGGGCCUGAGAAAGGUUUCAAGGUCAUUGAUGCGUUACAUGAAGCCCCAGUUUUGGCUGUUCCAAUCGUUUUGGGAAGAUUAAAACAAAAAGAUGAGGAAUGGAGAAAAUCACAUCGCGAAUGGUGUAAAUACUGGCGUGAACAAGAGCUUAAGAUUUUUUAUAAAUCAUUGGAUCAUUUGGGAUUGACCUUUAAGCAGACUGAUAAGAAAUUAUUAACCACAAAACAGUUGAUUUCGGAGCUCAGUACGGUUAAGAUUGAUACUUCCACUGGCUCAGGGAACGGUUCAAGUAAUAAUAGCAAAAGACUUAUCCCAUUAGCCCCAAAACCAAAAGAGCAACUCGAAUUUCAGUUUAAAGAUAAAGAUGUCCUCGCUGAUAUAAGCAGUUUGGUCAUGACUUGGAUCAAUGUUAGUACAUAUUCUAACAAUGAUAAGUUAAAGUUGAGUGAUUUUUUCAAUUCUUUUCUCGGUUUAUUUUUCAACUUGGAAGAUGAUGUAGCUUCCACAUUAGCCAAAUUACCAGAUACUGGAGACCAAAAAGAGAAUGAUGACAUACUUAAAUCGCCGCAAAGAAAACCUGUUCCUGAAACUAAUGGAUCACCAAACACAAGGAAGAGACAUCGUGAACCGGACUUAUUGAAAGAUGUCUUGAGAAGAAAUAAGAGAUUGAACUCAAAAAAGGAUGUUAAUUCUUCCCCUACAAAGGAUGAUGCCGCUAACUAUUCUAACAUGAAGCAAAACAGUAAUGUUGAUGAUGAAAUAUCCGAAAAUAUCAACAGAGCUGGAGAAUCAUGGAUCCAAACUAUUUCAGGUGACAGCACUGUCAUGGAGCCGGAUGAAUCAUUGUUACAAGGCAAACCACGUUCUAAGAGAGCAUUGUACAACUUGUUUUGUAAUACGUCGAUCUAUGUAUUUUUCCGCUACUUACAGGUUUUAUAUUUUAGACUAUUAGAAUUGAAGCAAAUGGACUCUGCCGUCGAAAAGGAAAUUCAUAACAGGUCGGAAGUGCCAUUCGCUAAGGAUUUGGAUUUGUUGAGUCACCAGUUGGUUGAAAUGGGGAUCAACAUUACUGGUAAUCAAUGCUACAAGCAAGUCUUGAAUUUAUCGCGCAAAUUAAUUGAUGGUGACAUUGAACAUCAAUGGUUUGAAGAAUGCUUGCGUCAAGCUUACAGAAAUAAGGCCUUCAAAUUAUUCACCGUUGAUAAGGUUGUGCAAGGGUUGGUAAAGCAUAUGCACAAUAUUACCUCCGAUAAUAAAACUACCGAAAUGAUGUUGCUUUUCGAACAAGACAGAGUGACCAGUUCUACCACUACCAAGAAGCAAAUCAUUUAUAGAAUGAAGGUGCGUCAACUUAUGAAUCUGGAAGAAAACAUGUUUAGAAUUGAAUUCAACGAAGCAGAGAACUCGGCGACUGUUCAGUUUGUUGCCCUAGAUGAUUUGACAUUAAAGGAUAAACGGAGUCCAGAGGAGCAAUAUAAUUAUUACUUGACAAGUUAUUUGAUGAGCCAUCCAACUGAAGGUGUACCGAUUUCUAAGAUCAAUAUCCCGUACGUUAAAUCUUCGUUGGUGUUACUUAGUGCUGCUGCUGCUGCCGCUAGUAGUGAAGAUAAUCACAGAGGUGAAUAUAAUAGCAAUACAGAUCAAGAAGGCGGUGAUGAUCAGUUUAAUUCUAAAGAAUCUGAUAUUGAUGGAUAUGUUGAUUCUCAAAUGAAGAUGAGUAUUGACGAGACUAGUUACAAGUUGUCGUUUGAGGUUGGAUCUUCAGAUGAAUAUACAAGAUACUCGGUAUUCAACAAGCCAAUUGAUGAGAAACUUCUCAACGAUAAGAAAAAGCUUGACCAUUUCAAAAACGGAGUCCUUGAUGGUGAAUUUGGUUGGAAAAAUGGUUUGGAAGAAGAGCAUAUUAAAGAAGGGAUGUCUAAGUUUCUUAAAGUGGUUGGAAAAUUAGAUGAUGCGGAGCUAACUGAAUAG